AUGGCGUCGAAUGUGACAUUUCAUUACCUUGGGCCGCCCGAGCAGAAGCACGUCGCUAAGAUCGGGCCUAUGGCGACCCUACGAGCAGCGCUAGUGGAGGCGGCCGCGAAGUGGCGCCCGCCGGUGGACCCCGCCACCGCUCAGGUGCUGUACAACAAAAAGCAGCAUGUGGACUUAGAUACGCCCUUCCGACUGCUGAACAUCCCUGCGGGCAGCCGGCUGGAUGUCGUUCGUGGGGCCGCUGCAGGUGUGACAGCAAACACCCCGGCGGCGGCUCUCAAGCAAAAUCCAGCUGCUCCUGAGCUCUACGCAGCAACUCCCCAGGCAGACACGGCGCAGCUGCAGGAGCAGCAGCAGCGGCAGCAGUCGCAGCAGCUUCAGGGGCAGCAGCAGGAGCAGCAGCAGGAGCAGCAGCAGGAGGUGCAGCCGCAGCCGGUUCCCAGCACUAGCGGCAGCGGCAGUGUAUCCUUGCCAGAGGGCUGGGCUGCGAGCCCUGCGCUGACGGCGUUGGGCAUCACGGCACCUAUUGCGGUGUUCAGCCAGGGCGCAGUGGAGGCCGCGGCCGCGGCACGAGGGAAUGCAUCGGCAUCGGCCGCCUCAGACCCGCCCGACGAGUUCUUCGAGUUCACAGCUGAUGACUUUGCGGAGGUGGCGCGCGCGGCGCAGAAGCGCGCCGCCGCUGAGUCCCAGCUGCUGACGCGUGCACUGCGGGAGCAGCAGGCGCGGUCGCGCGCCAACGCGAUGGGGCCGGCCGAGUUCGCCGCCACGCAGCCCGCCAGUGCCUUGGCCACGCUCGCACGCGCCGUGGCGGCGCCCUCCGUGGCGGCCGCCCUCUACCUGUACACCGCUCCCCCCAAGGUGGUGCUCAGGGAGCGGGACAUGGCCGCCACGCUGUACGACCUCAAGCUCGUGCCCGCGGCCCACGUGCACGUCGGCGCGGACGCAGCCAAGCAGCAGGGCGGCGCCCCUGCCCCUGGCGGCUGGUUGCGGCCCGAGGUCGCCGCGCUGAUGCGCGACGUGGUGCCCGGCGCACUGGCGGCUCGCGCGGCAGCAGACGGCACUCGUGGCAAAGGGGGCCUGAGCGCAGCAGAGGAGGCCGCAGCUGCACGCGAGCGGGAGCGUGCAGUUGCCGAGGCGCGGCGGGCGUCCACUGCAGCAGGGGUGGGAGCGGGUGAGGAGGGCGGUAAAAAGGUCCCAAAGUGGCUCAAGAUGGGCGGCAAGUGA